CAAGAAAAAACAAAAUGGCAUUCAAAACAUUUGAAAUACUGUCAGUGAUUAAAAGUUGUCAGCAACUUUGUGUAUACAAAAACCAACACGAUUGACAGAAAUUACAAAACUUACGUACUACUAUCACCGCAGCAAGUAUUUAAUAAUAAACAGCGAAAUAAUUCAAAUUCUCUCACUGUUCAAAGUGUCACUGGCAGCAACAGUCGUCAUGUCCUUCACCAAUGAAUUGACAACAAUUUUAUUAUUGUUGCUCACAUUUUUGUUAACAACAAUGACGCCAACGAUAAGAACAACAACCGUAUUGGACACCAGUAGCAGUGAAAUAAAUGGCAUACAACAACAACAACUGCAUAAACAACAACAACGAGAGACAAUGCAGGGAAACACUUUAGCUGCCCUAAGUCAUCAACCAGCCUUGGUGUUGGCCUCCGCUGGCACACAAAGUCUCGCGCACCACACUGUCAUCGCGAGCGAUUCAUACUAUGCAGCUUUACAACGCAGCAGUAGUCAACAAUAUUUGCAACACCAAUACCAGCAGCAACAGCCACCACAACAACAAUUGCAGCAAAAUUAUAAACAACAGCAGCAAUCAAAUAAUAUCAAUAUGCCAGACUUCAGCGGACGUUCGUACGUGGAACCAAUGGAAUUGGAUGAGCAACAGCUGGAGUCGAGCGCUUAUCCACCGCCAACAUUUGAUUUUGGUAUGCCAAGAAAUAUAACAGCACGUGCGGGUCAAACGGCAGCGAUAAAUUGUCGAGUGGAAUAUUUGGGUGAUAAAUCGGUGUCGUGGAUUCGAAAGCGAGAUUUACAUAUCCUCACAGCCGGAAUAUUAACUUAUACGUCCGAUGAGAGAUUUCAGGUAGUACGCACCGCUGAUUUCAAAGAUUGGACGCUGCAGGUGAAGUACGCACAGCCACGUGACAGCGGCAUCUAUGAAUGCCAAGUAAAUACGGAACCGAAGAUUUCGAUGGCUUUCCGGUUGAAUGUUAUAGUCACACCACCGGAUGCCAGAGCAGUGAUUGUCGGCCCGGCUGAUCUCUAUGUGAAAGUGGGCAGCGUCAUUACGCUCAUCUGUCAUGUGAAACAACCGUCAUCGGUGACGGAUAUCGGUCCCAUCUACUGGUACCGCGCUCACUACAUACUAACGCCAUUUGUGGUGCAUCCGAAUGAGGCCGCCAUCGAUAUGCGACGCAUAUCAAUGGAAUCACAGUUGGGCGAAAAGCUGCAAAGCAGGUUGCGCAUAGCGAAUGCCCAAACCGCUGAUUCGGGCAAUUAUACCUGCAUGCCGACAACAGCGGAGGCGGCCAGCGUUAUGGUGAAUGUUAUAAAUGAUGAAACCCCAGCGGCUAUGCAAAAGAGUUCAGCUGCACACUUACAGAGCAAUUCUUUUGCUUUAGCGCAGCUUACGGUAUUAACAGUGCAUUGGCUAUCACUGUUCUCUUCAUUAACAGCGCAGCUGGCCUCAUGUUACUGCUACCAGAGGUUACAGAGAUCAGCUAAGGCAUAUCUAUCCCCAGCGGCGUGAUAUAUCUAUUAUCGUAAAUUAAUUUAAUCACAAAAUAAUCGUUUAAUUUUUAGGAAGUAAAAUAGUUAAGGUAAUAAGCUAGAGAGCUUUGUAGAAUAUUAUAAAUACGAGUAUAAGCUUUAGUUAGAAACGCCGAAACUAUUUUGGAAAAAAAUCACAUAUGUAUGUACUGCUAUAAUACAAACACUCAUGCAUACAUUUAUGCUCUACAUGAAAGCAUUACUUUAAUACCCAUCUAAGUAUUUUGGAUUUCUUUUUCGACAGUUUUUCGGAGUUGGCAUGAGCAAAAGAAUUAUAUUUUAAAUUUAUUUAAAUUUAAAAUGACUUGAUACAAUUUUUCGUUCCAAAUGAUUAACAUCAAAAUAAGGAAAAAUUAGGUAAUUUAAAAGUAUUAAUUUUGUAGCAAAAAUUGGAGAAUUUGCAUACGAAACAUAUUCAUUUCUACAAUUCACAACCGUUAAAAAUUUUUUCAUGAGCCAAUGUAAU